UACACUUUGUACUGUUCUGUUUGAAGUGACAUAAUCGGGCUUGUUGUUUGCCGGAAAUUGCGCUGCACAAAGCGCACUUACGAUCGAUGUUGUUAACGCUUAAAGUGUGAGUGCGCUGCGCGGUUGGCGCAUGCAGAUAAACUGGGGUAGUAGUAUAGAUUACAAGGAAGCGGUGAAAUUUUCAGAUGAAAUUUACAUUUCUGAAUCUGCUACUAACUUUUUUGUGGCUUGGCAUUUCGGUAAUGGAUUGUUUCAUCAGGAAACCUACUGGCCAGUGCAACCAACAAAUGAUAGACUUCGAAACAGUUCGACUGGGCAGUGGGAGCAGUACAUGGCAAUUAAUCAUCCGAUGAGUUUGUCUGGAGAAGCACUGCAUAUUAUAACAUUUCUGUUCAAAAAUGCUAUUGUAUAAAAAUGGCAGACAAUCGGCAUUCAGCUGGAAUUCUGUGGACGUGGAAGUGAAUGGGCAGUUGCAGCACGGCCACGUCAUCGGUCUAACGGAAAGCAAUGACAACACACAGCGACUGAUCGUGGAUUUUGGUUGCCUGACACAGCGCGCGGUUAUGGUGAACUACGGAAAGGUGUUUGAUUGCUCUACACAACAGAACAAGAAUAUAUACGGUCCCCGUUCUUACCCACGCUGCAGCGAUAAACUGCUCCAGUGUCGUACUUCCACUGCAGCCAAAAGACCGACUUGCAGGUGCUGCUGCGCUCUAGUCGCGAUCAACCUUGGAUUUGGAAUCCCGGAAAACUCCUCAUGUGCAACUUUGACGACUUGGCAAAUUAUGUUCUGGUGAAUGUGACGGUAGAAGGGCGCAUCUCCCGCAAACUUCUGCCCAAGCAGCAGUUGAGACGGCCGUUAUCAGGCAAGCGGCUCCGGCAGCGGCUGUUGCGGCGGGGGCAUUUUGUUACACGAACGUGCAGCGUGCCUGCGGAAUGCUGGCCGACAAUGGAGCCUGCAGCGAGGCUUAGGUUCCGCCAAAGGCUGGAGCUGGAUAAGCGUUUGCAUGUGGUCAACAUCAUUGGCCCAAGAAUUUACUAUGUGCAACAAACUAGUGUGGAUUGGCUGACGGAGGAAGAUACAGUCAGAUUGAUGGCCCAGACUAUGAGCAGCCUCACACGACAACACCAGUUGAUAAAUAAAGAGCCCUUAGCAGUGGAAAACGAAGCAGCAAGAGGAUCAAAGCGCAAGUUGCAGCUUGACAUCGAAGAAGAACCGCUCUACUUGCCACCGGAGCUUCUUUUGGAGAUUUUGCGUUCACUAAACACCCUAAGCCAGCAGCGCUGCCGACGAACCUGCUCUUUGUUCGACGAGAUACUAACUCUUCCGGAAAUGCGCAAAGAAGUGUGUAUAUCGCUAGACGAUUCGGAUGCCAUCCUGGAGUGGAACUACGCAGCGUACAAUUGUAUCUUUAAGUUGAUCACGCCGGUCACGCGGGCGAUAUGCAUUCGGGACAGACGGAUGGGAGAGCACAGUUACGUCAGCAGCGAAAUCCAGACGUACGCCGGGAAGGCCGCGCGGUAUAUCAAAAUGGUCCUGGACGACGCCGGAAUCCAUAUUGACCGGCUGAUUAUUUUCCGAAGCUCAAUAACCGUGAAAAUGUAUGACACGAAAUUCUCUAACUACCUCGACAGCAUCCGGGAUGUGUAUUCCGAUGUUGUGUCUUGUUGUGAACGAUUGGUUUGGAAAGGCGCUAUCUGGAGACACUUCAGUUACCACCGCCCUCCUGUAGUGCAAUUCCGCAUUCCCUGUGCAUCGUGCAGUCUACAAAGCUUCGACGUGGCGACGCUUUGGGAUCUCUUCGAGCAGCAUGUGUGCUCUGACAAAGCCCUGGAAGUGGAACAAAUUGCGCAGCUGACGCGGAAUUUGAUUGCCGGAAAGUCGGACGCAGACUGUAGGAAACUAAUCCAAAAUCUCUGUGAAUAUCAGAUCAAGGAUCCGCGUAUUCCGGGACGUGACUGGAUUCCGGCAUGGACAACGGACGAUGAGGGCAGCUUGAGCGUGGAGCAUCUGGCUAGUUUAGACGUGAAGAAACUGAACAAAAUCUGCCUGUCGGCUUGGUGGACACUGUACAUAGAGACUGAUUUUUGGGGUCGGAGUCCGUUGACACUGCUAGCCUGUGGGUUACAUUGAAUAAUUUAAAUUCUUGGCUCGGGAAUGGUUACAGAACUAACAGAUAAAAAAGGUGCUAACAAAAAAAAUGCGGAAGGCAUCCA